AUAUAUAAUAUAUAUACAUUCCCAACAAUUAUAUUUAUAUUAUUUUCUCUUGCGCAAGAUAAAGGAGAAAGAUUAGAAACCAUUCUUUGAAGAACAGAUAAGAAAAACUCAAAGAAGGCGCCUUCUUUCUUACUUUGGCUUGGGAGAGAGGUCAUCACUCUUAUGCAUGAUUUGAUUUGUGUUCUCCUAUUUGGCAUAAAGAUUUUCUCACUCUGGCAGCUGCAACAAAAUCAAAUUCUUCUCGCACCUGUAAGAGGGUGUGGGGUGACAAUGAGAGAGUGAUUUUGCUUUGUGUUCUUAGAAGAUCAAUCUCAUCAAGUAUUUGGAGAUUGUGUCGUGUUUCCGAGGGUUUGUCACUGGAUUAUGGCUAAUGACACAACUGGCUGAGUUUUCGGAAGCUUGACUAUGGUAGGCUGCCUGAGGAAGCAGCUCUGGUAUUGCCACAAUGGUAAGGUUUUCAUGUUUCAAUGCUCACAUCAACACCCACAGACAUAAGAAAACUAUUCAAUCUUCAUCUGAAGCUUUGCACAAGACAUUGCAAGAUUGCUCUCAUAGUCGUUUCCCAGAGGUUCUUCCGAACAAACCAAGCUCCUUAUUAUUGAAUUCUCAUGGAGAUCCCGGAAUUGCUAGUGACAUUAAGCAUGUUUCUUCUUCUGAGCGUGGUUGGAAGUCAGAGGACAUGAAGAACGAGUUUACUGUUGAAGAUAAGGUACUAGUUUCUAAGCAUGGACACCUUAAGAAAAGUCAGUCUUUGCAAAGUGGAUUGUACAGAGAGGGGAUGGUUUCUGCAAACAGUCCAAUUGAAAAUGACACCGAUCUAGGGUUUUCUUGUGAUGGAUCCCCUGAAGCCGUUGUAUUUGCUGUCGGAUACAGAAGUGAAGAUCAAGAACUAAGCCUGCCUGAUCAGAAUCGAAAAGCUCCAACCUUGGAGAGUUUUCAAGUAAGUUGUAAUGUUGUUUAUAAUCAAUCCAUCUACUCAAUUGGGGAACCAGCGCAUUCAGAGAAGGAAGGCCAGGAGAACUCUGAUACUCAGUUAUCUGGUGAAUGUGCUGGUGAGGGCAGUGACCAGGCUCUGCGUACUCCACGUGGGAUUGCAAAAUCAUUUUCUUUACCAAAUCUCAGUGUUUGUUCACCAAUUUCUGCAAGGCGUACGCAUUUAGGUCUACAUUCAAAAUCUUUUGAAGAUUUACGUGGACUUGACAUGAGAUGGAAAGAUAUUUCGAUUCAUGAUGCAGAGAAACAUUCAGUGCAAGGAAAAGUAGGAGACACUAUUCGUAAUGCUGAGAUUUGCCCUUCUGAAAAGUAUGUUGAUGACAAUUAUGAUUCUUGCAAUUAUUCUGGUAUAGCCAAAGAUUGGAUUAUGCCAGUUAUGAACAAAGUUGAUUCAGCGAAAAGCAUCCCAGGAGGAUCCUCACUUCAUCAGUGGGAUGAAUUGCCCAACAGGGAUUUUAAGAUUAAGCGCAUUGAGGACUGGGUUAGUGAUCUUCAGCACUGCAGUCCUCUGGAGGAAACAAGUGAAUCAUUCCAGUCUAAUGAUCACAUGGAGAGAGAUUCCAGUAUUUUUAAUGGUUUGGCUGCAGAAAAGGUGGAAGACAAAUUAACUCCUGGCAUGGAAGUGGCUAAAAGGUAUAUAUCUUCUUUGACGGCAGCCACCACUACAGCUCACCUGGCAAACCAUGGAUUGGUUGUGAUCCCAUUUCUGAGUGCAUUCAUAAGUCUGAGGGUGCUCAAUCUGUCAGGAAACUCAAUAGUGAGAGUAACUGCUGGUGCUCUUCCUCGAGGACUUCAUAUGUUGAAUCUGUCAAAGAACAAUAUUUCCACGAUUGAGGGGUUGCGUGAACUCACCAGACUUCGGGUGUUGGACCUGAGCUACAACCGAAUUUUCAGAAUCGGACAUGGCCUGGCUUCUUGUUCCUCCCUGAAGGAGUUGUACCUAGCUGGAAACAGAAUCAGUGAAGUAGAGGGUCUUCACCGUCUCUUAAAAUUAACUGUGCUGGAUUUACGUUUCAAUAAAAUCUCGACAGCCAAAUGUCUUGGUCAACUUGCUGCCAACUACAGUUCCCUACAAGCCAUCAGUUUGGAGGGGAACCCAGCACAGAAGAAUGUUGGAGAUGACCAGCUGAAGAAACAUCUUCAAGGCCUUCUUCCCCAUCUGGCUUACUUCAACAGGCAAACAAUCAAAGCCAGCACUUUGAAGGACUCUGCAGAGAGAUCGGUCCGGCUAGGCACCAGCUCCCACCAGUUUGACCGUGGUCUCAGACCAGAUCAUAAAACAAGGAGAGGCGGUAUUCUAACAGCUCAGAGGCAUCCAUCUUCUUCAGCGCUUGGCCGUGGAAGUCAAGCAGCAGCUGUGUCUCCAAAGCGUUCAAAGGGGAGACAUGGUGGUCGCCUGCCUCCAAUUGGGACUAAAGUAACAACUAGUCGGCAUAAUUAUAUGGAUUUUGGCAGCAAACUGAUGAAUAUCAAACCCGAUCUUUCGAUGCGCAGGAGUCGAAGUGAAGGAACUUUGGGAGAUCUAUGAGAUUGAUUUAUCAGGCAUCACAAUAUAAUUUGUUAUUUCAAUUGUGGCUUGUGAGAUUCCUGGUUUGAAUUCCUUUAUUGGUCAUUUUUAUUCAUAUGAGCUCUGUGAGCAGACCUUAAUUUGAUUAGCAGAAUGGUCGUCCGUUUACUUUUUAAGUUGCAAGGGUGUGUUUGAAUUGAUAAACCAAAACUGAAGAGAUGGAAUUGCUGUUA